UAUCCAACUUUUGUAACCAGGAAGUGCAAGGGAGAGUUGCAAACCUGGUGGUGGUGAUGGCGUCGACCACUCAAGCCGAGCCUCCUAGCUUGGCAAUGGUGGCAAAGAAUGCUCCGGCAAUGGCCAUGGAUGCAAAACUGAUGGUGGCUACAGACCGUGGCGACUGCCAGCGGCUGAAGGAUAAACUGAACAGGGAGGACAUUAGCACGAUGGUGAUAGUGAUGACGAGCAACCAGGCUCCAGCGGUGAAGCCUUCCCCGGCGUGCAUGCAUCCGCUGCUGCUAGCAGCGGCAUGCAACGGCGAUCGGGAGAAACUGGAUCUUCUUCUCAACAGAAACUUGGCAAAGCUGCGAUCUUCUGACGAUGUAGAAGAAGGCGCUAACAUGCAAGCACCAUCCGCAGCGUCGCUUCUAGAGGAUGUCACAGUUGCGGGGGACACCAUGCUACAUGUGGUGGCCGCCAAUGGGGAUGAUGACAACUUCAAGGAGUGUGCGACCUUCAUUAAGGACAUGGCCAAACACCUUCUGUCCAAGCAAAAUAACAAGGGUGACACGCCAUUGCAUUGUGCUGCCAGGACUGCGAAAUCCCAAAUGGUUUCUCAUCUCAUUGAUCUAGCUAGAAGUGAAUAUGGUGACAAUAUAGUGAAGGACUUGCUGAGAAAGGAGAAUGAGAGUAAGGAAACGGUCUUGCACGAUGCUGUCCGCGUUGGAGAUAAUUAUCUGGUUGAGGUGCUACUGACAGCAGAUUCAGAAUUGGCUAGGUUUCCUGAAAAGGGCUCUUCACCAUUGUACCUCGCCGUGAUGCUAGAGAAGGAAGUCAUAGCACAAACACUAUAUGAUAAGAGUAAAGAUAAUGACCUAUCGUAUUUGGGGCCAAAUGAGCAAAAUGCGUUGCACGCUGCGGUUCUUCGAUCCGGAGCUCUUACAAAAAUGCUGCUUCUAUGGAAGAAGGACCUUGCUAAAGACAAGGAUGAAAACGGGAGCACGCCUCUUCAUUUUGCCGCUGCUGCUCUGUCAGUGCAGCGGUGGCUGAGAAGCGCAGUAUGUCCGCAACUUCAGCAAGUAUUCGAUGCUAACCCGGAUGCACUGUAUCAAUCAGAUCGCAAUGGAUUAUUCCCCAUUCACGUAGCUGCAUCUGUUGGUGAAAGUUUGAACGUCGCCAUGUUUGUUAAGAGGUGUCCUAGUAGCGCCGGUUUGCGUGACGCUAAGGGGAGGACUUUCCUUCACGUUGCUGUGGAGAAAAAGGAAGUGGGGGUGGUCAAUUAUGCUUGCGGCAAUCGAUCGCUGGCAUGGAUUUUGAAUAUGCAAGACAACGAUGGCAACACUGCACUGCACCUGGCUGUCCAGUCUGGGAGUCUUAGUAUGUUUUCUGCUUUACUUGGGAGACGGGAACUUGGCUGUCUGAAGAACUCCGAAAGCCGGAUAUGCUAUGCACUCUUUAAUGCCGGCGCUAAGAAUGGUGUUUCUCGCAGGGACCAUAUGAUUGAAAAAUAUAAAGAUAUUCAUAGAGUAAAAUCAGAUGAUGAUACCAAAGAAUUGGAUGACUUGAAAGAUUCAACACAAACUCUGUCUAUUGGCUCUGUUUUAAUUGCAACUGUGACAUUCGGUGCAACUUUUGCCCUGCCUGGUGGAUACAUACAAGAUGAUCACCCAAAUGGAGGUACACCAACACUUGCUGGGAGUUAUGCUUUUGAUGCAUUCAUGGUGGCCAACACAUUAGCUUUCAUUUGCUCCACAAUAGCUACUGUUGGUUUCAUGCAUUCUGGAAUUCCUAUGCUGCCUUUGCACUAG